UACAUGUAGUUUAAUUAUUUUCUUCUUUCGAUUUCAACCUUUAUGUAGUUUAAUUCGUAUUCGACAUUUUUAAAGAUAACAACUGUAUUUUGUUACGAUCAAACUUGACUGAUAUGAUAUAAUUUUUUAAUAUUCUUAUAUCGGAUUACAAAAAAGGUUAACGAUGUCAGGUGCAAAGGGAGGUACAAAGGGAGGACCAAAAAGUAAAAGCGGUAAACUGGUCGUUGCAGCUAUUGAUUUUGGUACGACCUACUCUGGAUACGCAUUCUCUUUUAAAAAUGACUAUAAUGAAAAUCCCACCAAGGUGUUUGCACAGACAACAUGGGUUGCGGGGUCAGCGGCCUUGAUAUCACUUAAAACACCGACAGUUCUGCUACUCAACAAAGACAAGACAUUCAAUGCUUUUGGUUAUGAAGCAGAAAACGAGUAUUGUCGACUAGCGCAAAAUGGGCAGCACAAGGAUUACUAUUAUUUCAGACGCUUCAAGAUGAUGCUCUAUAAUUCAAUGGGUUUGAAACGGGAUAUAGAAAUAACAGACGAGUUUGGUCAUAAGAUGAAAGCUCUUGAUGUUUUUGGCAUAGCUAUCAAAUACCUAAAAGGUCAUCUUAUGGGCAGUAUUAGUAACAAAGUGCAUGGUAUCCUUGAAAGUGACAUACAAUGGGUUUUAACAGUUCCUGCUAUAUGGAAUGACGGCUCUAAACAGUUUAUGAGAGAGGCUGCAGAAAAGGCUGGAAUAAAGAAAGAAAAUCUGAUUAUCGCCCUUGAACCGGAAGCAGCCUCGUUAUUUUGUAUGCAUCUUCCGGUUGACAAAAUAUCAAUGGAAGGAAACAUGACAGAAUCCAUGCGUAUUUCUCCUUUUUCUAAAGGCAGAAAAUACAUGGUAGUUGACGUAGGAGGCGGAACAGUUGAUAUAACGUUACAUGAAGUUGUGGAGUCAGACAAACUCAAAGAAUUAGAUUCAGCUAAUGGUGGCGCGUGGGGUGGUACAAGAGUAGACGCUGCUUAUGAAAACUUUAUCACGAAAAUUACAGGGGAAAAGUUUUAUAACCAAUUCAAGAAAGAGGCUACAGAAGAUCAUAUCGAUCUGCUCCGGGAGUUUGAAGCUAAAAAAAGAAGCGUAGUAGCUGGAAAAACCGGACUAGAGACCAUCAAAAUGCCCUUUCGUCUAGGAGAAUUAUAUGAAGAGACAACUGGAAAAACAUUUAAAGCUAGAAUCAGCGAGAUAGUGGAGUUUAAAGAUAAAGUCAAAUGGCAAGGUGAUAAAAUACGAAUUGAUUAUGGAAUGGUAAAGUCAUGGUAUGACGAAUCGUGUAGAAAUACAGUAGAACACAUCAAGAAAAUAUUUAAAGAGAAGCAGAAUCUGGGGAUCAACACAAUCUUACUUGUCGGGGGUUUUUCUGAAUCACCAAUGCUACAAGAAGCUCUAAGAUCAAACUUCAAAGACAAAAGAUUAAUUAUACCUGAAGAAGCUGGUUUGGUGGUAUUAAAGGGAGCUGUGAUUUUUGGACAUAACCCAAUUACCAUAGUGUCCCGUGUUGCAAAAUGUUCAUAUGGCAUCCGAGUAUAUCGUGAUUUUAAAGCUGGUGAACAUCUGGAAGACAAAAAGGUUCAAGUUGGAAAACGUUUUAAAUGCAAGGAUGCGUUUGCUUGUCACGUGAAGAAAGGUCAAGAGUUAGUUGUUGGUGAGGUGCAGUCGAACCAAAGAUACACGCCACUAGAAGCAGAUCAAAUGACACUGAUCUUCGAUUUAUACACAUCUACAAAGGAAGAUCCUCAAUAUGUCACGGAUGUAGACUGCUCUUAUUUAGGUCAGCUGGAAGUUGAAGUUCCGGAUCUUUCUGGCGGGAAAGAGCGAGGCGUCUUUGUGAAACUGAUUUUUGGCGGAACGGAAGUCGUUGUUGAGGGAGAAGAUGAAAAAACGAAAAAGGUUACAAAGGCAACCUUUGAUUUUUUGCAGUAGCUGUCUCGAUAUUGUAGGAUAUUGCUGCAAAUUGUUGUUACUUUGUGUUGUUUGUUUACAUGACAUAUGUAAUAUGCAUCUGCAAUUGUAGUUAAUACUUUUUCCUUCGAGCAUUAUCUUAACUUUACGAACUGUGACAAUCGUUAAAAUAAUGCUUUAUAAUGGAAAACGAAUACAACAAAAAUGCAUCAUUCUAUAGGGUGCAUCCAAAAGAACAUUGUUUGGUUUUAAAUACGCGUGACUGAGUAUGUGAGAGAGAGGUGCGAUAGAGGUCUUUGAUACCUUGAUGUUGAGUGUGUAGCCAUUUAAAUGCUAAAGGUGAGCGUCUUCCCAGAAAGAACGAUAGAUUAGUACUAUAGUAUCCUGGUGGCCUGAAUCAUGCUAAAUAUCUUGAAUGGACUUAUCCAUCUUUUAAUAUAGGCAAAUCCAUUUAUUAUUAAAAAAUCACAAAAAAACCAUUGACUCAAUAGCGAACAGCGCAGACCAUGAGCAGACAGCAUGGUUGCCGUCCCCGGAAGUGAAAAAAAUCUAAGAAUGCGCAUUCGGAAAGAUGAUGAUAACUCGUCAAGGGAGGAAACUAAGUUAUGGAAAAGGACUUAUAUAAGUAGAAUAUGUUCCCGGCGGCAGGCUAAGAGCUAAUAGGCGAAAAUGAUAAGACUGAAACUCUAGAUUAUUUCACUUAAAGUAGAUUGUAGUAUUGUGGAAAAUGAGAAAAUUCGUGCUGAAGUAACAUUUUGUGUAACGAAAUAUCAAAGUUUAAAUGUACAAAAAUA